AUGUAUCGACCUGACCAGCGUCGAUCAUGUUGUCCUCAUUACACCAUACGUCUCGACUCUAGCCAGUUCAAGCCAUCCAGGGACCAACGACAGACCAUCAACCGCUUCAACAGGUACGUCAUGGGCGAGACCUAUACGAAAGAGGUUGCUCGUCUUCAUCCAAAGUCGCGUGACCAGGCAAAGAAGCGAGAUAAUCACUUUGACCUGAUCGAGCGGGUUCACGAAGCCGAGGAUGCUCAGUUGCUCAACCCCCCUGAGGCUGCGCACAAGCUUGUCGUGACUCUGGAGACAGAUGAUUUCACGGAAGAAAAGUUUGAGGUCUAUGAGAACUACCAGAGAGUGGUACACAAGGAGGGGCCGAGCAAAAUAACUGCUGGCGGGUUCAAGCGUUUCUUGUGCAGCUCACCCCUGAGACGAGAGACGAUGGUGGAUUCGAAUGGCAAAGAGCGCCGUCUUGGGUCUUAUCAUCAUUGCUAUAGGUUGGACGGCAAGCUCCUCGGUGCGCUCUACGAGAUUGCUCUGUCCAUCGAGGAGGGUUAUGGAUGGUGGUACCCAGGCUUUUACAUUCACAGCUGCCCCAAGAUGCGGUACAAGAUUGACUAUUCACCGCAGUUUAUUCUUGAUCCGAACUCACUUACCUGGGAUCCUUUGGAUCGAAAGAUGUUGGAUCUCUUGGACAAGAAGGCGUUUGUGAGCCUGUCCUUGGAGAAGCAGAGGGACAACAAGUCUGAUGUCGAAUCAGAGGGCUCGAAGUCUGGAGAUGAUGAAGAUGACUGGCUCUUCAACGUCAACAUGCCAGGUAUUCCUCCUCUCUCUUCGGUGGCUGACUGGGAUCUGGACAACAUCGCGUUGAAGAUCAGGCCAGAUGGACCAUUGUACAAGACGUCAAAUCUUGUCAUUUGGGACAAACGGGGCGUGGAGGAUUAUCCGGGAUUGAAGGCUGGAGUUGCAGAGCUUGUUGCAGCCGUUGGGCCAGAUUUGAUAGACCGAAUUUGUUUGGAUUUCACGCCACGAAGAGGAUAG